UCAACACUAUUGUUUUGGCGUCAGCAUCAGCAUCAGUAUUUGGCGGCAUUAAAAUUGUUAAUAUUUCAUGUAGUUUUGAAUUAGUACAAAAUGUAUGUGAAGAAGCUUAUUCUGGAUGGCUUCAAGUCGUAUGGCAAGCGAACAGAGAUCGAAGGAUUUGAUCGUGAAUUCACGGCCAUUACAGGAUUGAAUGGUUCCGGGAAAUCCAACAUUUUGGAUGCAAUAUGCUUUGUGCUGGGCAUUAGCAAUUUACAAAAUGUUCGAGCCUCAGCUUUGCAGGAUUUGGUGUAUAAAAAUGGUCAGGCAGGCAUCUCUAAAGCUACUGUGACAAUUGUUUUUGAUAAUUCCAAUCCUGCCCAAUGCCCCCAAGGAUAUGAAAAAUGUCGCGACAUUUCAGUAGCUCGACAAGUAGUAGUGAAUGGAAAAAAUAAGUUUCUCAUUAAUGGAAAGUUGGUUCAAAACAAAAAAGUCCAAGAUUUCUUUUGCUCCAUUCAACUAAAUGUAAACAAUCCGAAUUUCCUUAUUAUGCAGGGAAAAAUUCAACAAGUUCUUAACAUGAAACCCAAGGAGGUUCUAUCUAUGGUAGAGGAAGCAGCUGGUACCAGUAUUUAUAAGACCAAAAGAGAUGCUACGAAAAAUCUGAUAGAGAAAAAGGAGGGAAAGGUACGGGAAACAACAGCGUUGCUGGACGAGGAGAUCUUACCCAAGUUGGUCAAACUUAGGCAAGAGCGGACCGCUUAUCAGGAAUACCAGAAGACAUGUCGGGAUAUUGAGUUUCUCAUAAGAAUUCACAUAUCCGCCAAGUAUUUAAAGCAACUGGAUGCCCUUCAGUCUGUAGAGGCAAGUGCACAGAAGAUUGAAACGAAAAUAUCCAAUUGCCAGUCGACGCUUUCAAAGAACCUUGAAGAAAUAGGGACAAUCGAUGCUUCGGUGCAGGAGAUGCAACAGCAGAUAGAUGAUCAAAUGGGUGGCAGCAUCAAAGGCUUGGAGGCGGAACUAACAGCAAAGCGAGCUUUGGAGGCCACAGCAUCUGGUAGUUUGAAAGCCGCCCAGGGUACUAUACAGCAGGAAGAGAAAAAAAUCCAUUUAGCUAGCAAAAGCAUAGCCGAUGAUGAGCGGGCCUUGCAAAAAAAAGAAGCUACUAUGGCCCAGGUGAAUGAGGAGUUUCAAGGCCUUAAAGAUGCCGAUGCAAAGGACUCUAAGGCUUACGAAGAUGCCAAGGCGAAAUUGGAAGCCGUGUCCCAGGGCUUGUCCACCAAUGAAGAUGGCCAAGCUUCGACACUUCAAGAGCAGUUGAUGGUGGCCAAGGAGCAGUUUAGCGAGGCACAGACAACGAUUAAAACCUCUGAAAUGGAACUGCGUCAUACGAGGACGCUUCUGAAGGAACGACAAAGUGAGACCCAAACAAACGACGCCGCCUAUGUAAAGGACAAGCGUCUGCUAGAUCAACUACAGGUGGAAAUCCAACAUCUCGACCGUCAAAUGGGGGAAGUGAACUAUGAAGGCGGUCAGUUCGAACAGUUGCGGGAUCGCCGACAGCAGCUCCAAGACGAUGUGCGAGGAAUCAAGAGAAAUCUGGACAGAUGUGAUGCAUCAAGGUACGAUCUCGUAUAUCAAGAUCCCGAACCGAAUUUCAACAGACGCAAAGUAAGAGGCAUGGUGGGAAAGCUGUUUCAGGUAAAGGACAUGAAAAAUUCCAUGGCUCUGUUAAUGACAGCUGGCGGUUCGCUUUACCACUUUGUCACGGACGACGAUGUGACCAGUAAGAAGAUUUUGCAGCGUGGAAAACUACAAAAACGCGUGUGUAUGAUUCCCAUAAAUAAAAUCUCAAGAGGUUGCCUUAGUCAAGGUGUGAUUGACUAUGCCCAACAGAAAGUUGGCAAAGAGAACGCCCAGUGGGCCUUGGACCUGAUCCAGUACGAUGAUUUCUUUGAUCCUGUAAUGAAAUUCGUAUUUGGCAGCACUCUAAUAUGCAAGAAUCUCGAAGUGGCCAAAGCUCUCAGCUAUGAUCCUCGUAUCAAUUGUCGAUCGGUCACACUGGAAGGAGAUAUAGUAGAUCCGUUUGGUACUAUGUCGGGUGGUGCAGCUCCCAAAGGAGCAAAUGUAUUGGAAGAGUUGCACUCGAUUAAGCAAGUUGAGAAGGAAUACAAACAGAAGACAAAUGAAUUGCAGCAACUCGAACAUCAAAUGCGAUCAAUCGAACAAGUAGCUCAUUCAUAUAACAAGCUGAAAGAGAAUUUAGAAAUGAGACAACAUGAGCUAUCUAUGUGUCAGAGCCGAUUGGCUCAGACCACUUUUCAGCAGAAUCAGGCAGAGAUUGAGGAAAUGAAAGAGAAGGUCACAGCAUUGGAGCAGCAAAUCUCGGAAUCCCGGGAGAAGCAAAAGACUUCCCAGAUCAAGGUUAAGGAUAUUGAGAGCAAGCUGGCAGACGCCAAGGGCUAUAGAGAGCGCGAGUUAAAGUCGGCUACAACCGAGAUGAAAGCAGCCAAACAGAGAGCAGACAAAUCUCGGACCAAUUGGAAGAAACGAGAACAAGAAUUUGAGACUUUACAGCUUGAAAUAACCGAAUUACAGAAAUCUAUUGAGAAGGCCAAGGAGCAACACAAAGGAAUGGUGGAAGACCUCGAGAAAUACAAAUCCGAAUUGCAGGCCCUGCAACAGAAUAGUUCCAGUGCUGCCACGGAUGUAGCCCAGCUAGAGCGAGCAAUAAAGGCUCAGAAGGAUCAAUUAAAUGCCCAGAACAAGGAAAUGCGCAACUUGUUGAUUAAGAAGGAAAAACUGCUUAAGCAGAAUCAAGAACUUGAACUCGAGAUAAAGAAAAGGGAAAACGAAAAGAACAAGAUCAGCGGUGAGUCCAAGGAGGCCAAGAAACGAAUGGAUGCCCUGGAGGCUAAGUAUCCCUGGAUUCCUGAAGAGAAAAGCUUCUUUGGCGUUAAGAAUACGCGUUAUGACUACAGCAAAGAGGAUCCUGUGGAGGCGGGCAACAAGUUGGUCAAAAUGCAGGAGAAGAAGGACAAAAUGGAGCGUACCCUCAACAUGAAUGCCAUUAUGAUCCUUGAGCGAGAGGAAGAGAAUUUUAAAGAGACCGAGCGUCGCCGUGAAAUUGUGGCGAAAGACAAAGAGAAAAUCAAGAAUAUCAUUGUAAAAAUGGACGAGGAGGAGCAAGGACAACUAAAUCGUGCCUGGACUCAGGUUACAAAGAAUUUUAGUGGCAUUUUCAGUUCCCUUCUGCCAGGAGCUCAGGCUAGACUUAAUCCUGUCAUGACUAACGGUGCUUUAAGCGGCCUAGAGAUAAAAGUCGGGUUUAAUGGCGUUUGGAAAGAUAAUUUGGGUGAGCUGUCGGGUGGACAGAAAUCAUUGGUGGCCUUGUCCCUUGUAUUGGCCAUGCUAAAAUUUUCUCCAGCUCCACUUUACAUUCUUGAUGAAGUCGAUGCCGCCCUGGAUAUGUCGCACACUCAGAAUAUUGGCACCAUGUUAAAGGAGCAUUUCACUGACUCACAAUUCUUGAUUGUUUCUCUCAAGGACGGCCUUUUCAAUCAUGCUAAUGUCCUGUUCCGGACACUUUUUGAGAACGGUGUGUCAAGCGUUUCGCGACAAGUAAGCCGGAUAAACACAGCAACACAUAAAAGCUAGAUUAGAUAGGAUGUAGGUAAUACGUAUUAUGUAUAAAUUAAUAAAAACUAAACGUUAUUAAAUUUAAAAAUGGCUAGGAAAAUAUCGUUUAAUACCAGCUUACUUGAGAAGAUUGAAUAAGUUAAGUUAAAGAUGGCAAUGUUUUUAAAUUAUACGGCAAUAAACAAUUCGAAAAAGAAUA